UUUAAAUUGGACAGCUCCGUGAAUCCCGAAGGCAUCACAGUCCAGGGGAGUGGCUUGCAGCAGCUAAGCUAGCAGAUUUAUCGACAGUGAACGGUGGCUGUAGGUGACAUCUUACUGGCCAUAAAAUUAAGGUGAGCUGCUGCCAUGACGACCCUGGAUGACAAGCUCCUGGGGGAGAAGCUGCAGUAUUACUACAGCAGCAGUGAGGAUGAAGGCAGCGACAACGAGGAUGACGAUGGGGAGAGAAAGACAAUUAGGAAUGCUGAUGUCGGUGAACCUGAGAUAGACUACAGUGCAGAUGGAAGUGCUGUUAACACAGGACCAAAGGGUGUGAUCAAUGACUGGAGGAAGUACAAGCAGCUGGAGGUGGAGCAGAAACAAGAGCAGAAGAAAGAGAUGGAGAGACUGAUUAAGAAGCUCUCAAUGUCCUGCCGCUCCGACCUCGACCUGGAAAAAGACAAAGAGAAACAGAAAGAGCUGCAGGAGAAAAUCAAGGGCAAAAUGACCAUGCAGGAGUACAACAUGCUCCAGGACGAAGAGGAUGACGAAGACUUCCUCCAGCAUUACCGCAUGCAGCGCAUUGAAGAGAUGCGACGUCAGCUCUGCCGCGGCAAACGCUUCGAGCAGGUCUACGAGCUCAACAGUGGAGAGGACUUCCUGGAGGCUUUAGACAAGGAGGACAAGAGCACGCUGGUCAUGAUCCACAUCUAUGAGCCAGAAGUGCCAGGCUGCGAGGCCAUGAGCGGCAGCCUGAUGUGUCUGGCUCAGGAAUACCCGCUGGUCAAGUUCUGCAGCGUUCGCAGCUCAGCCAUCAGCACCAGCGCACUGUUCAGAGACAGCGCUCUGCCUGCCCUGCUCGUGUACAAAGGAGGCGACCUGAUCGGCAACUUUGUGCGGCUCACAGACCAGCUCGGGGAAGACUUCUUCGCUGUAGACCUGGAGGCCCUGCUGCAGGAAUACGGCCUCCUGCCUGACAAGCCCCCCAUCGUCUCCAAAACAAUCCGCAACGGAGCCAUCAUACAGAACACUGUAAGUGACGAGGACUCUGACCUUGAUAUAGACUAGAGCCAAAAAUUCUAACAUGCAUUAUUUGCUUGGGAAUCAUGCGUACGCAGUCUGCAUGGACUAUAGAUCAUUUUGAUGUAUGUGGACCCCUGUAGUGGUGACGGACUGAGCCUGGAUCGCCAUGUAACCAACUUACACAACCAGCAUUGAAGCAGAACCAAAAGUAAAUGCGCACACACAACAAACACCAGUGGGUUUCAUAUCAUUCCAUCAUAAACAUUGGUUAUAUUUAACGAGCGUAAAUACUUGCUAUUAUCAUGUUGUUAAACAGAGAGAAUGCUGUAGGUGUUUGGUUAAAUGUUUUUCUGAGCUGUGACUGUAAACUAUUUAUUUGUUGUGUUAAGACACAUUUCCUUGUUUUAUUUCCACUGAAUUAUGUGUGUUCAUUCUGCAAAAGAUAAAACCUUCAGGCUGACUGACUUUUAGUUAAUUUUCUAACUUUUAUAUGUGCUGUACCAUUUCGAAUAGUGGGAACAAUAAACUAUAAAGUGUUUGGA